GUAAGUCCGACGGGUGAGUGACUUACCUGUCUUUGAAAGCGCGAUUCAUUUUCUCGCUGAGUUCUUUGAGGAAAAGUUUCUCCCUUCAGAGUGAAACGUUUGAGCAAAGGAGCAGCGCUUCAUAUUGGGGGGGGCACUACUUUCUAGCACUCUGCAACGUGCUGCUAAGGAGUUGGGACGCACACAAACCCAGCCCCGGGACAGCCAACUAGCAAGCAUCAGGCUUCCUGAACACUAAACAGAAGCAGGCCUUGAUCCACCACUGCCCCUCCGACUGCGAAGCCAGCCCACCACGAGAAUACACAAAAUAUGGGGGAUGUGCAGCUUGUGACAACGCGGAUCUCCAAGACCAGCCUGACACAAGGCCGAGGUUCCCCAAGUCAGGAUCCUCCAGCCUUCACUCUCCCACCCCGCAAUGCCCGGGUCAGUCUGGGAGGGACAGCACGGCUGGAUGGGAAGGUGAGAGGAUACCCUGAGCCCCAGGUCACGUGGUCCAGGAGUGGGAAAGCAGUGACGGCUGGAGAGCGGUUCGUCAUGGAACAGAGUAGCCGCGGAACCUUCAGCCUGGUGUUACACGGUGUCCAGGAGGAGGAUGCAGGGCGUUACACGUGUGAGGCUGUCAACGAUGCUGGGAGCCGCCAGGUCACAGUGGAGAUCACUAUAGAAGGGAACACAGGGAAGAAAUCCAGACUCCCCUCCUCCAGUAGAACAGGUGGGCGGUUUGGAGUGUCAACCAUGGAGAGCAUGCCCAGUAUCUGGGGGGAGAGCCCCCCUAAGUUUGUGACAAGGCCCUCGCGUAUCUUUGUCCGAUUGGGACAGAGUGGCAAGUUCUCUGCCAAAAUCACAGGACGCCCACAGCCCCUGGUUACCUGGCUUAAGGGAGAUGAAGAGCUUCAUACUUCUUCCCACUUCAACAUGUUUGAGAAGUCGGGAAUCCACUUCCUGGAGAUCCGAGACGUGUGUGUGGACGAUGCAGGAAUGUACACCUGCUCUGUGGCCAACAGUGCUGGGAAGGCCACAGCUACAGCAGAGCUGAAUGUUCAGGGUUCAGGCAGUGAGGCUGGCAUCCUUGGUCCCUCUGCUCCGGUGGCCCCUGUCCCAAAGACAACUGACUCACCCGAAGUCAAGCACACAAGUAACGGCCUGCUCGCUGACCGGCGUUCACCUACCAAGACAGGAGACAGGACUGGGACCAGAGAGAGACUCGCCACACUCACCAGGGAGACCAAAGACCACACAGAGCUGACCAAAGCAACAUGGAAGGACACCAUGGUGUCUCCCAAGACCACCAUCCUGGCGUCUCCCAAGCCCCCUGCAGACCUGCCUGAUGAGGCCCCUAGAAAGCCUGGAGUGGCAACCCCAAAGGCUACCAGCUCCACCAGUCUGCAACACCAUCUAAGAGGCCAGGGAGCUGCUAGGACCAGCCCAGACCCACACAGAGCCCCUGAGAGGGAUACAAGGGAUAGGGUGAAGACUCCCCCAGUGGGAGUCCAGAGCCCCCCACAGCCAUCUCCAGAGCCCACUAGAGAGACUAGAAGGCAGGCCAGAGAGAGCAGGUCAGCGAGGACAGCAGUGACUGCUGGAGCUCCACCAAAAUUUGACUCUGUACCUCAGAGCCAGGACACUAAAGAGGGGACCAAAGUCGCAUUCAAAUGCCAAGUCUCAGGCUCUCCCGUGGCUGGCCUGAGCUGGGUUAAAGAUGGCUUCCCUUUGAGACCCAGAGCAGGGCUGAGUUUCCAGCAGGACGGCAACACACACACCCUCACUGUGGACAACGUCCAGAAAAGGGACAGUGGGACGUACGGAUGCACCCUGACUACUAGCACUGGGAAGGUGUCCUCGACUUGGAACCUCACGGUCAAGAACCCACGGCUGGAGGGCAAGCCCCCUGCGUUCAGCACUGUCCUGAAGGGAUGUUCAGUGAGUGAGGGCCAGGACUUCCUUCUGCAGUGUUCAGUGGAGGGGGAGCCUCUACCGAACAUCUCCUGGCUCCUAAACGACAAGCCAGUGCCGCAUGCCCACUCUGCCUUUGAGAAUGGCCUGACCCAACUCACAGUCCAGGGUGCACUGCCAGAGGACGAAGGCCAGUACGCGUGUGUCGCUGAGAACAGCCAUGGGAGAGCGGUGUGCACUUCCAGAGUCAUCGUCAAAGGUGGGCUUGGGAGCCUCUACAGUGGCCCGAAGAAUAUUUUCAAGAGGACGGACCCUCCAAAUGCAGUUGACGCCAAGAAGCCGUCGAAGCCGUCUGCCCCUGUAUUCCUACGUGGUCUGAAAGAUCUGAAAGUCAUGGACGGUAGCAAAGUCAUCAUGACCGUAGAGGUGGCGGGGAAUCCUCAUCCAGAGAUUGUGUGGCUCCACAAUGGGAAGGAGAUCCAGAAGUCAGAGGACUUCCACUUUGAGCGGAAGGGGAGCCAAUGCAGUCUGUUCAUCCAGGAAGUCUUCCCUGAGGACACUGGGAAGUACACCUGUGAGGUGUGGAACGAAGUGGGAGAGGUUCGCACCGAGGCCUCGCUCACUGUGCAAGAGCCCCAGGAUGGGGUGCAGCCCUGGUUCAUCACUAAGCCCAAGUCCACCACUGCCUCCUUGGGCCAGAAUGUCCUGCUGUCCUGUGCCAUCGCUGGGGACCCCUUCCCCCAGUGGAGCUGGAUGAAGCAGGGCCAGGUGGUGACCACUGGGCUGGACUAUGAGAUUCUGCAGAAAGAGGAUGUGGUGUCCCUGCUCAUCAGGCGAGUCCGGCCCCACCACGGCGGGGACUACGAGAUCAGCCUGAGGAACAAAGUGGGUGACUGCAGUUGUGCUGCCACUCUGUUAGUCAGUGAGGGUGCUGUGGUGUCCAGUGGAGAGCACCAAACGCUUGAGCCUUGUCAGCGUGUGGGAGGAGUGGACGGGACAGUGCGAGGCAGAGGAGCACCGAGCAGCAUUCAGCAGCAGCAGGAGUCGGAGGAGCCCAGCGCAACCCGAGGACUCCUGAAGAGGCGCGUGGAGACCAAGGAGCACCCCGAGGACCAGAUCCGCCUGCAGGAGGCUGAGCAGCGCGACUUCCGCACGGUGCUGGGCAGGAAAGUCACCACCAAGAGCGUCUCUGAGGAGGACCUGAAGGAGAUCACGGCGGAACAGAUGGACUUCAGGAGCCAGCUCCAGCCCAGAGGGGUCAAGCCCAAGACCCUGUCUGAAGAUGAGAGGAAGGUCAACGCUCCCGCACAGGUGGACUUCAGAGCCGUCCUGGGUAAGAAGGGGGGAGCCCCUAAACAAGGCGCCGCUCCUGCCGAAAAAGGAGAGCCUGCAGAUUUUAGAUCGGUUCUGGCCAACAAGAAGAAGCAGACGAGCUUGGAGAACAACGGGGAGAGCCCUGCUCCAGCAGCAGCUCUGGCACCAGCAGCAGCAACACCCAAAGCUCCUGCUUCUUCCCCUGACAAGAAAGAGAAGGAGAAGAACGCUGUCAACUGUGUGGAUGGUGGGAUUAUUGAUAAGAAGAAUAACAACAUUGGAAAGGAGCCAGCGUUCAGUCAGAAGCUGAGUGAUGUGAGCGUGGUGGACGGGGCUCGACUGCGACUACAGUGCCAGGUGACCUGUGACCCCCCUGCUACCACUACCUGGACACUAGACGGGAAGGUCAUCAAGCCGUCCAAGUUUAUCAAGCUGUCCAACGAAGGAGGCCAGUGCUCCCUGACCAUCGACAAGGCCCUGCCCGAGGAUGAGGGCCAGUACAAGUGCCGGGCAGAGAAUUCUGCCGGUAAAGCUGAGUGUUCCUGCAUGGUGCUGGUGGAUGAUCCUACAGACACAAACUCGACUGCAGCAGACAAGAAGAUCAAGAAGCCAUCCACCCCUACCUCAGAGAGUGAGGCGAGGAUAAAGAAACCGAAUACAAAGAUGCCUCCCAAACAGGCUAUGCCCCCUCAGAUUGUCCAGUUCCCAGACGACAUGAAGAUUCUGGCAGGGGAGAAGGUGGAAAUUCUCUGUACGUUUGGAGGAGCUCCACCAGUCAACUGCACCUGGCUCAAGUUCCGCAAACCAAUUCAAGAGGUCAAAGGUGAUUUAACCAUUGAAACCACUGAGGUCACCAGUAAACUGACCAUCGCAGACAGCCAGCAGGACCACUGUGGCUGCUACACCCUCGAACUGCGAAACAGCUACGGUUUGAGACAGGCAGCUCUCAACCUCACCAUUGUGGACAAACCUGAUCCCCCUGCACGAGUUCCAGCCGCCUCAGACAUCCGCCGCUCCACACUCACACUGUCAUGGUACGGUCCCACCUACGACGGGGGCAGUGCCGUCCAGUCCUACAACCUAGAGAUAUGGAACUCAGUGGACAAGGAGUGGAAGAACCUCGUCUCCUGCAACAGCACCUCCUAUAAUGUCCAGAACCUGCUGGGUCAGCGCCAGUACAAGUUCAGGGUGCGGGCGGUCAAUAUCUACGGCAUCGGGGAGCCCAGUGCCGAGUCUGAGGCUGUCACAAUGUUAGAGGAGGAUGUUGAGGAAAAGGAGGAGGUUGAGGAUGAUGAAGAGAAAGAGCCAGACUACAGAGAUGUGAUCGUUAGAACAGAUGUGAAAGUAAAGGAUCUGUAUGAUGUGGAAGAGAGGCUGGGAACGGGCAAAUUCGGACAGGUGUUCAAACUUUUGGAGAAGGGAACAAAAAAGCACUGGGCUGGAAAGUUCAUCAAGGCCUACUCUGCAAAAGAGAAAGAUAAUGUGAGACAAGAGAUUGCAAUAAUGAACUCCCUCCAUCACCCCAAACUUGUCCAGUGCAUUGAUGCCUUCGAAGGCAAGUCAGACAUCGUCAUGGUUUUGGAAAUGAUCUCUGGUGGGGAGCUGUUUGAGCGUAUCAUCGAUGAAGACUUUGAGCUGACAGAAAGGGAGGUCAUUAAGUACAUGCUGCAGAUUGUGGACGGGGUUCACUACAUCCACAAGCAGGGCAUCGUCCAUCUGGACCUCAAGCCUGAGAAUAUCAUGUGUGUCAACAAGACCGGGAACACCAUCAAACUCAUUGACUUCGGCCUCGCUCGCAGACUAGAAAGCUCUGGAACAUUGAAAGUUCUGUUUGGAACCCCUGAGUUUGUGGCCCCUGAAGUGAUCAACUAUGAAGCAAUCAGUUACCCAACAGACAUGUGGAGUAUAGGGGUCAUCUGCUACAUCCUGGUGAGUGGCCUGUCCCCAUUCAUGGGGGAUAACGACAACGAGACCCUUUCCAAUGUGACCUCGGCCACUUGGGACUUUGAAGACGACGCCUUCGAUGAGAUCUCAGACCACGCCAAGGACUUCAUUACCAAUUUGCUGAAGAAAGACAUGAAGGCUAGGCUGACAUGCGAUCAGUGCUAUGAGCACCCGUGGCUAAAACAAGACACUGGCAAAAUGGAGGCCAAGAAGCUGUCCAAGGAGAGGAUGAAGAAGUACAUCUUGAGAAGGAAAUGGCAGAAAACCGGACAUGCAGUGCGGGCCAUCGGAAGGCUGUCAUCAAUGGCGAUGUUGGCGGGCGUCAGUGCCAAGAAAGGCUCCCCUACUGAAGAGGACAACCAGUUCCUUGAAUGCCUAGAGUAUGAGGAGAAAACCCAGGUCAAGCCCACCUUCAGCUCAGUCAUCAAGGAUGUGGAGGUGGUGGAGGGGAGCGCAGCCAGAUUUGACUGCAAGAUCGAGGGUUACCCUGAUCCAGAGGUGGUGUGGUACAAAGACGAACAGCCAAUCAAGGAGACCCGCCACUUCCAGAUUGAUUACGACGAGGAGGGCAACUGCAGCCUUGUGAUCUCAGAAGUGAACGGUGACGACGAUGCCAAAUACACCGUCAAGGCUGUCAACAGCCUGGGCGAGGCCACGUGCACAGCCGAACUCCUGGUGGAGGUGAUGGAGGAAGAGGAGGAGGAGGAGGAAUGAACGGCACGACCGGUACAAGACUAACAGAUGAUAUCCCCUGUGUUUUAGCCUUUAAUCUCUUCAAUGGGUCGUUCCACGAAUUAGGUGCUUUUUGAGUAGUGUAGCUUAUUUCCUUGUUCACGGGGAAUGGAAGCACGUUGUGUGCAACAGGAAGGGGCGAUGGAAUGCAAAGUUUCAUAUCAAUGUUUUUCUUGUUAAAACAUUUCUAGCCCCUCUAUCUAUGGGUAACAAGGUCAUGUGUUAUUCUUGACCCUCCUCAGUUUUCCACCACGAAACACCAGAAAAUGUCCUGGAAGAGUAGAACCAGCUCACCUGCUUUUACAUUGUGAUUUGACUAUUAGAUGUUCAAUGUUCCUUUUGAAAAACAUAUUUGAUAAGGAAUAGGAUGCACAGAGGGACAAAAUGCCAAAUCAUUUUGGCACUUUAUUCAAGUCUUUAUUCAUAUUAGCCCUUUACACUGGCCUAUAUGGAUGGGGCUAAGUUGAAAUGUGUCUUACAGAAGAAAUAUGAAAAGCAUAUGCAUGACCAUGUUAGCGAUUUGAAAGGGAACAGUUUUGAGAUGAUGGUGAAAUUAGUAGGCCAAAGAUGACUCAACAGUUCAUCUGACACAAGAUUGAAUCCAAUCAUUAUACUGUUGCUUUUAUGUGCAUUUUUAAAAACAUUUUAAUGUGGCUUUUUUUUUUGUCACAUUUGUUGAUAACGAAAUCUGAAAAUACUAUGGCUACAUUCAGUAACAUGAUAAGAAUAUCCCUUGCAAAUGUGGGGUAGGUGCAACGCAAGACAUCGGAAUGACAAAGGGUUUGCAGUGAGAGGACUAACUGGUGUCUUCAAGUGGCCACACACACCUCUCCAAAGUGUGCACUGUUCCUAAGAAAUUGUAAUGCACUUUUAUGACAGAGUCUUCCAACUAUAAGGUGGGGUUGUUGUUGUUUUAGAUCUCCUAGCUGUUCCUUUGAGGAACUGGAGCAACAUACUUGUAGUUGUUUUGUUUGGAACACAACCCUGCAUCCAACACGACUAGCUUAAGUUAUAACAUACGAUAUUACAGGGUUAGGCUUUCACAAUGCAAUUCGGGGAAGCCGAUCCUCAUUUUGGUGAGCAUUGAAAGGAGUCACGAGUGCUUUCAGGCGUGUGCGCCACGGCGAGCUUCUCACAAUAAACAAAGGUGCUCAUUCUGCUAAAGAACAACCAAGGGUGUGACUCCAUGGCGUCUUGUAGCUGUACGUCAAACAGAAUGAUCAUAAACGUUGACACUGGACAUGAGUUUUAUGAUAUGGAAACGUGAACUGCACAUUUGGCCUCGUGGCUUGUAUGACGUCAAGGCGGUUGCCCGCUUAGCGGGAGGGAUGGGGACAACUUUUUGUCGGGCGAGGUGCUCAAGUUCGGAAAGGCUGUCAAGUCAAAAACCCACACAGCGCUGCGAGUGUAAAGGGCUACGGAUCAGAUUUAUUUCAUUUUCCAGGUGGUCUAUUUUAAAGGGCACUUCGUUUUAAUAUGACAGGCUUUUAAAAUGCAGUAUUUGUGUAAAAUUUCAACUUUAAAUAUCAAAGGGAUGCGAAAGGCACUCAUUUCGUGGAACGACCCUAAAAGCUGCGUUGCUAAGACACUCUCCUUCUCCGACACACUCAGAAAUGGGCUUGAAAAUGGGCUUGAUGACCUUUUUGCUCUGUUUGUGCACUUUCUUUUCUACUUACUUUUCAGUUAUUAUAUUUCAGAUGUUAAUAUUUAUAACAUUACCUUUGACAUUAUCCACAUUCCAGCUGUUUGUGCUUUAUCCAUUUAUUUAAAGGUAUCUACAUUUUUUUUUCUUCCUCAACCAAACAAGCCCAAAGUGACUGGUGUGUUUGUGUUAUCAGCAUUAUUUGCAAUUUACCCUGGGCUCUUUUUAAGAAUGUUUUUUUAAAUUGUAUUUUUUAUUUAAGCACAGAGUCAUGUUAUCGUAUUUGAGCAUCAGUUUAGAGAUCUCCCUUGCAAGCACGUGUCCACGAUAUUACAAAUUUGCAAUACUAAACAGACCGGUGAAUUAUCACAUCUAUAUUUGUUUUGUAUUAGAUGUAUGUAGAUUUAUAUUUCUCAAAUUUUAUAAAUGUAUCAUUUUGACAAAUUGCAGAUUACAUGUAAUGUGAACACUACAAGUGUAGUUACUCACAGUUACUAAAUAAAUGUUUAUCACACAAUUAUGCUGGUUGUAUUGUGAUUGGGAUGAGGUUCCUAUGGUGUUAGAAACUUGGGGAAAUAAUGGAUUGUUGAUUGAUUGAUUGAUUAAAAUAAAAAUACAUAUCUUUUCUUUUCUUUA